UUGCAUACCAAGCAUCAAUAAAAAUUUUAAGUGAUUUUACCAAGCCUUUUAAACGUAUAUUUUUCGCGAUAUAAAAAUAAAUUCCUAAAAGUUGAUCAUGCGGGACAAGCCAGCACAGGUGGGGGCCACGUGGUUCACCAAUCUGUCCGACUUCCAGGUGCAGGCCAUAGAGGCCCUGGAGUUCUCGAUCCGGGACGAUCACGCCGAGGCGACGGUUUAUCGCACCCAGUUCUGCCUGAAUCGUCUGGGAGUCACUCCCAUGGUGAAGGCAAGGAUGCUCCGCAAACUUUUGGGGGUUUGCCGCGGCAGCGAUUUGGCCUUUCUCUACUUUCUCCUGGAGGCCUGCUACAAGGGAGCCGGCUUCGAAUACAGCGAAAGGAUCCUGAUGUCGGCCAUCACGUGGCUGGAUUUGGAGAUGACGAUGCGCGAACUGGACCGCAUCCUGCCGCCGGGAGUGGAGCGUUUGAAUAGGACCAAGUCCAUAGCACCGCCUCCUUUGGCGGGCACCUCCAUUUCCCCGCCUCCCUCGCCAACAGGACGAAUGUCGGAUCUUCGGAGCGUUCGAUCGCCCUACUUCACAUCGCUGCCCAAACCAAAAGUGCCCCUGGGAGGCGGCAAGUUCGCCUCGAAACGACCCCGCCUGGUGGUCUCCUUUCCCUUUUGGCCCGCCGGCGAGAGGCCCAACUACAAGGUGAACGAGGAGAGUCGCUGGUUUGCCAAGUACAAGUUCCAGCCGGUGAAGCGGAUGCUCUUCAAGGUGGUGGCCGACAUAAUGGGCGACUACUGGUCGAAGAUAGAUGUUUCUAACACCGCCGCGGAUGAAACGAAGCCCAUUUGUGAGUUCCACAAGGAGGCACUGCGUCGGGAGCAGCUGGUCAAAGACGCAGCCGUGGUCAAGGCACACCAACAAUGUCUGGCCCUUGUGGACAUCACUUCACGACAGGAUGCGGCUCUCAAAAAGAAGAUUGUGGCUCAGCUGGAAAGGGACAUUGAGGAGUACACGCUGCGGUGGCAAAGACUACGCCAGCGUCAUCACACGGAUGUCAUGUUGCUGGAGGAUCACGAUCAGCUCUGUUCGAUGGGCAAGGUGCCCACGACUGUGCAGGCGGACAAGGUGAAGUACCUCUACCAGGAGGCGGACAUCGGGCGACUGAGUGCCCAACCCACGCUGGGUGUUCAUGUCAUCACCGGCAAGGACACCGUGAGUCGACUGAGCACUGUGCGGGUGUCGGAUCCCAAUGAUGACCUAUCCUGUCCCCUGCCGCUGCCCGAGGAGAAGAAGCUCACCAAUUGUCCGCCAUCCAUUCUGGGUCAUGUUAAAAAACCAAGGAGGGUCGUAAUCACCCAGACGAAGGUCGGGGAUGAAAGGCAACCGCCUGCCUGUGAAAAGCCUGCAAAGCCGGGACGCUUUUUCGUUUCUGCCCAGCGGCACAAACCCUUUGUGUUCCACUACCACGAGAUGGCCCCGCGGAACCCGAAUCCCGCACCCAAGGACGUGAUGCGCGGCCAGGCCAUUCGCUCGCUGAGGGAUGCCAGUUGUCCCUCCAGCGAGGAUGAGUACAACGAACGGAUCAAUCCGAGGGACCAGGUGGUGGCUGCCAUCGUGCAGUGCGCCCAGGAGAUGUGGUUCGGCUCCCUGGAGGCCCAUCAACGCAAUGAGGCGUCUAUAAAUUCGGAGAAACCAACCAGAUCGGUUAUUAUCCAGCCAACCCGUCGAAGUACCAAGGCGUCAAUAAAAUCGGAUAAACUGGAAGAAUCCGAUGAGCCGGUAAAACUCACGCCGCCUCCAAUUUGCGGCAAUGGACUGGAGAAUGAGCUGGACUGGGCGAAGGACAUCAAGAAGUUCAAUCCCGACAACCGACCCUUGAUGGAACGACUGCUGCGCGAUGGAUUCGCCAUUCUCCGAAGGGAUCCACGUUGCGUCUUUGCCGCUUUUCCCAACUCUCACAAGUCCUUUGUGAUGCAGGAGUGGAUAAAGAGAAGGUAUGGAAAGACUUACAGCCACGAGGAGAUCAGGCAAGUAAUCGAAAAGGGACUGAGCACCUUUGUGCGCGUAGAGAACCAACUGACCAAUGCACCGAGUAUGAAGCGCGAAGGCUUCUCGGCCAAGGACACCUUCGACGACUUUGCCCGCCUGGAGGCGCAUGCCAAGAAACUGAAGGCCAACUACCGUCAACCGCUCAACGACAAGAUCCUGACCCUCACCCGCAUCUGCUGGCAGGCCCUGAAUCCUCACUUGGUUAGGAACUCCUCCCUGCUUAAAAGUUUCUUCGCCUAUCUGCCGGUUCGCUACGCGGAUAUGCUGAGAUAGGAUAGUUAGCGAAUAGUCUAGGA